UACCGACCAUGUGCAAUUGUCUGUCACGCUAUUUGAAACACAUUUCAGUUGUGCCAGCUACUCAAAAUAUCACCUCAUUUAUCAUUGGAUAUGAUUAAAAAUCACAUUUAUUUUAACAAUUAGAUAAAUCAACCAAUUAAGAAUUUAAAGUUUUAAAAAAUGGCAAAGAAUCAACAUAAGAAGCCACAGAAACACGCAGCCGUCACGACUGACAUGAAGAUGAAAAACAAAAUAGCCAAAAAAUUGAAAAAUAAGUUAAAAUCGGCUAUUUUCAACCAACAAAAUCCAUCAACUGAGUCUUUAAUUCAAGAAGCCAAAACACAGAAAGCAAAAGUAAAAUUGAACAUCCCAGUAACAUCGUCGGGCAUCGAUUUUAAGCCGAAAGAUAGUCCAAGUGUUAAUGAACCAAAUAAAAACAAAAAGAAACCCAAACAUUUCAAAAAGAAUGAGAAAAAUGGUAAAGAACAUUGCAUACAGAAUGGUGGUCAAGGGUUUAACACCAAAAUCAAUGAUCAUGGUCUUAGCAUCAAAAAUAAAACAAAGCCAGUUACAACCGAUCAAUCAACGUCGAUUCAUACGAAGAAGAAUGCAUCGGUUGAAAUGAAUGGCUACGAAAGUAAGAAGAAGAAGAAGCAAAAAAAGAAAUUUAACCAAGCUGCUACAGCGGGUCCAUCCACGUCGAAGCCAUCAAAUGAUCAAGAUUCAUCAUGUAAGCGUAAAGUUGAUGGCAGCAAGGUAAACAAAGCUGUUGGAAAGAAGCGCUUGAAAACGGUGGGUGGUUUUGUUGAAACAAAUGCCAACGAUGAAGAAGAAACCAAAAUAGUUUCGGAAAAAUUAAAGAAAAAACAGAAGAAAUUGACGUCAAAAUUGAAUAAAGAAGAAGAUGCACCAAAAAUUAAAGUUCAUAAUGUUGAUGCAAGUAAAAAUAAGAACAGCGAUUCAGACAGCGAAGCCGAUAGUUACAUUGAUAAAUUUUUCGGUGACGGCAACAAUGAUUUCGAUGAAAAUCACAUUUAUUCUUUGGACGAAAUCGAGGCCAAAAACGAAAAUAAUUUUUUAUCAAAGGGUUCUGGUGAUGAAUCAACACUAGCGCCUGACGAUUCAUCACCAGUCGGUAAGAAAAACAAGAAAAAACAAAAACAUCUAUCGAAAGAAUCAAUGAGCUCAGAAAACAAUAAGUUGGUUAGUUACAAGAAAAAUCAUGCCGACGAAAGUGAAUAUGAUUUCGAUGAAUACGCGUGGCUAGGAGGUGACGAAGAGGAAAUUUACACAGAUAGUGAUUAUGAUGACAGUGACAGUAUGUAUGGAUCAGAUUCGGAAAUUUCGUUGGGAUCAGAAGUAAUCGACACAGAUGAUACCUAUGAAUGUGAAUCGACUGACGUCGAAUCAAUGGUUGAAUAUGAAGAUGAUAUGUCUUACGAUGAGUACGAAGAUCAUACAUCAGACUCGGAAUAUGAUUACAGUGAAAAUGAAAGCGACACCAGCAGUGGUUGUACAUAUGAUGACUUUAGAAACAGCCGAUAUGAUGAGCAUAGUUCAAAUGACGAUCAUGAGUAUAUGGAUGAUGCCUAUGAUGAUGUAUGUAUCGCCCAAGGAACAGCUAUAACUCAUAAAAUAAUCGAUAAACGCAUAAAAUUAUUCGAAAAUGACACCGAGUCUCGUAUCAUUGAAUUGCCAAAAAGUGAUUCAGACGAUGAUAGUUCUGUGGAAUUGAUACCAAUCAAUGUGAAUAAAACAAAGUUUAAAAAAUUCGAGCACGAAAAAAGAAUGGCAAAGGAAGCAGAACGCAACAAACAACUCAUGGCAGAAGAGCAAAAACGUUUUGCAUAUGAAAAAAGUAUUGAAGAUUAUUAUAAUAUGGACAAUUUGAAUAAGUGUGCAUCAUUAAAUGACGUUAACACAUCGAUCAAUGCGGUAUCGAUUAUCAAGUGUCCAAAGAAUUUAGACCAAUCAUCAUUGGAUUGGCUGGAAGAUUGCGAUGUUGCCAAACCAAUGGAUGAAGAGUUUGAAUUUCAACAGCCAAAAACCAAUUUGAAAAAUGUGGUCGUGGUUUCCAUUCCCGAUCCGUUCGUCACACAAUCACCGGCGAAACAAACUAGAGCGAAGCAACAAACACCAAGUGUUAAAAAUCAAGAAGCAAAGUCACACGUGAGUCCAAAGAUAAAUAGUUCCGCAGAUUUCUGCAUUGAAGAUGAAGACAAUUCAAUGUCAACUGAAUCGUUGAAUUCAUCGCAAUUUUUCAAUUCAGUAAAUUCACGUCACGUCUUAUUAUUGUUGCGAAAAACAUUGCAUUUCCAUGGAAGUUUACACGUAAAAUUAAUUGCUGGCAAAGCAAUUGCAUUCGGCUAUGAACUUCAGCCAAACAAAACGGUUACGGUACAUUCGCCGCGUGGUCACGGUUUGAUUUGUUUGAUUCCAAAGUCGAGCGGAGCUGAGAAUUUAAAAUUGUUGGACGCAUUGAAAGGUGAUUUUUAUUUACAAGACAUAAACUAUCUAAAAGAAGCGUUCAAUAGCAACAACGAUGCAAUCCUAUUGUUAGAACGUGAUCAAACGAAUAAAGGUGUGAAUAUGAUCGAACGGUAUAUGCGCGAAACCGUAUUCCCAAAUAUAAAUGCGUUUAAUAACGAAAGCCCAUUCUACAGCAGUGAGUUUGUAUUGCAUUGCAAAUUUUUGAAUGAACCCGAAAAUGGAUUGGUACUGAAUGACGAAUGGUUAACAUUGAAUUUGAAAAAUAGUUCAAAACUGAUAACGAUCGGUGGCAAAGGUGUCGGAAAAUCAACAUUCGUUCGAUAUUUGAUCAAUUCACAUUUCGAUAAAUUCAAAAAGUUUUUAUUCAUCGACCUGGACAUUGGACAACCGGAACUAUUUGUGCCACAAACGUUGAGCGCAACAAUUGUAACCGAACCAUUUUUAGGACCGGGCUACUUACGAAAUGUAAAACCAACCAAAUCAGUGCUAUUUGGUGACAUUAAUGUAUUGCCUGAUCCAUUCAAAUAUUGGCGUUGUGUCACAGAGAUAUUCAAAUUUUGUGCGUCAAACAAAGAAUUUGCAAAAAUGCCAUGGAUCAUCAAUACAAUGGGCUAUAGUCGAGGUUUUGGCACUGAACUUAUUGCAUGCAUUUCAAAACUAUUCAAACCAACCGAUUUAGUUCAAAUUCAAAGUCGAUCAACAAUGGAGAAUUUUGAUCAAAUCAUGAUGGAUGACAUUGUGAACAAUUUCAAAUUUAACGUUUUUAAAAGUGAACUGGAUGAAAUUACCGGAAAAUGCGUGUAUCGUACACACAUUUUUAAUGCGGUUCGCGAUAAAAGCAACCAUAAACAUGUUGAUAUGAAUGCAAAAGACAUUAGAUAUACAAUGAUAUUGGCUAAACUGGGCAAUUGUUUGAAGUCCAACUCGGAUUGGCUUACCAGCGUUAAACCAUUUGAAGCAUCGCUGAAUGAUUUGGAUAUUCUUGUAACCAGCGGCGUUGAAAUCAAUCCCGCUGACUAUUUGGAUCUAUUGAAUGGCAAUCUAGUCUAUUUAUGUGAGAAACAUUCGGAAAGUGGAAACGAUAUCGUUGACUGUCAUGGCAUAGGUAUUGUUCGAAGUGUUGACGCUUCAACAAAUAAGGUGUAUCUAAUAUCAACAAUUCCAUUGGACGAACUGCGAAUGGUGAAUGUGCUAGCAAUUGGUGCCAUACCGUUGCCAUCAGCCGUUUUUCUUAAUCAACAUAGCCAAAUUCGUGGUGCCGUACCAUAUGUUUACAAUUCGGAUAAAUUUGUCGGAUCAAAACAAGUGGCACAGCAUAUUUUUCGAGCUGAAAGCAAAAGCAGCAAUAAACCCAUUCAACUUAUCGAAGAUUAAAUUCCAUUUUAAAUGCAAAACACCUAAGUUCCUUUCAGACAUUGUACAUUUCGUUUGAAACAACAAAUAAACGUAAAUUCAA